GAGUCAAGUGGCCCAAGCUUGUAGCCGGAUCAGAGACUGCACAUUGAUGGGCUUAUGGCCCAUAGGGUCCUAGCCCUGGCCUCUCCCAGCCUCUAUUACUCAUUGGUGAGUUUGGUUCGAAUGGGUCUAAUAGAAGCCAAGAGGCCCAAGACCCGAGUUGACACGAUCUGAUUUGAAGCUCGAGUGUGUGUGGCACCUCCUUCAUGAGAGAGUGGCAAAGUAUAUUUAGGCAUAUAUAUAUAUGCAUACAUAUAUAACGAUAUGAUGCUUAUGAAGCAGUUACGGGUAGUUUUCGCUGAAAGCUUUUGAACAUUCAGUAUCGUCAGUCAAAACCGCCUCUCUUUCUCUCUCUCUCCCCCCCUCUCUGCAGCUACAGGUAUAAAAUUCCAGUCUGUCAGAGAUAUGCUACUGAUUAAGAUGCUAUGGUAUCCUCUCCUCCCCCUCCCCCACUGUGUCAAAAGCAAAAGAAGUUGGUUAGCAUUGUCGUGCACUAGCAUGUGCUUCAAUAUUUCAUAGAGAGACUGUUCUAUAAAGGGGGAGACGACACCGAAGGGAUCUUUAUUAGCAUAAAAAAAAGCCUGGACUGUAGAGAGAGAGGUUUUUGUUGAUAGUUGGGGAACAUGAGGGGAUUGGAGAGGGCAGUCGAGUGGCUUAGACCAUUUGUUGAUCCCAGUGCUUGGGACUACAUUGUUGUCUGGAAACUGGGUGAUGACCCUUCAAGGUUUAUUGAAUGGGUGGGUUGUUGCUGUGGAGGUGUUUGUGUUAAUGUCAAAGAGGAAAAAAAGGAAGAAGAGCAGCAUUUGGUUCCACUUUGCAGGGAUGCCUACAUUCAGCACCCAAUAAGGACCAGAGCUUGUGAGGCGCUUGCCCAUUUUCCUUCUUUCAUGUCUCUCUAUUCUGGGAUUCAUGGAGAGGUGGUGAUAUCAGCUCAAACAAGGUGGCUUAACUUUGCGGAUGCGUCGGAUACUCAACCUGCAAAUAAAUCAAUUGGAACCCAAGUACUGAUUCCAGUUAUAGGAGGUCUAUUUGAGCUCUUUGCUGCAAAGAAUAUUCCAGAAGAUCAUAAAACCAUAGAGUUAAUUACAACUCAAUGUGAUGGAUUCCUAGAAAAAGAAGCUGCUGGUUUGCAGAGUGAUACUGGAUUGAGCUUCAGACAUCAGCUUGAUCUACUGCGUGAAGAGGCUCUGAAGAACUUUACACCUCUUCACUUGUUCAGUUUCAUUCCCAACAUACAAUUCCCAACCCCCUCAAACCAAUCUAGCAUCCCCCUUAGUUUGGAAGGAUCAUGGAGCAGUUCCAAUGCUUCAUACAAGCAUCCAUCACUGGAUUUAGAUUCGGAUUACUUUUCUUCAGAUCAGCCAUUGAAACAGUCAACUGGCAAAUCCUAUGGCACUAGAAAACGAAAGUACGGUGGGAACUUAUUGAAGCAACAAUCCAAACUGAUUCCAAAUGUGUCUGACAAAGUUGCAAAAGAUAAAGCUCAAUUGACUAAGAGGCCAGAAAGAGAUGACUACCAAUCCAAGAAUCUUGUCACAGAGAGAAAGAGGAGGCGUAGAAUUCAAGAAGGGCUCUUCACCCUGCGUUCACUAGUCCCCAAUAUAUCCAAGAUGGAUAAAACUGCUAUUCUUGGAGAUGCAAUUGAAUAUAUAAAAGAGUUGCAGAAAGAAGUGAAGAAACUUGAGGAAGAGCUGAGGGAAACUGAAGAUGAAGAAUAUUGCCAAAAGGACAGUUCACAUUUGAAGACUUUGGAGUUAGAUGGUGUACCUGAAGUCACCAGAUGCUUGCCUCCUACUGAGCACAGCCAACGUUCCUCUGGCAUCAGUGAACAGAAAAAGAUGGAGGUACGAGUUGAAGUGAACCAGAUUGGCAGAAGAGAUUUCCUAAUUAAGUUACUCUGGGAACAUAAAAGAGGUGGCUUCCGAAAGUUGAUGGAGACUAUAUAUUCUUUAGGGCUUCAAGUUGUUGAUAUCAAUAUUACCACUUUCAAUGGAAAUGUCCUGAACAUUCUCAGGGUUGAGGCAUGUAAGGGCAUCCAAUCGAAGAAACUGCAAGAUACAUUGAUCAAGCUAACUGACCAUCAAAUUUAGAAAGUGACAAUGUCCAAAGGAGAAGGCAAUUGAGAAGUUUUUGUGGUUUCAGCCUAAAAAGGUCAUAACUGACUGAGACGGUUGGUGGCUUGUGCAGCUGUCAAUUUUCACUUUGGCUUACAUGUAAUCCAAAUGUUGUUUUUAAUAUCAUAUUUGUCUUCUGAGGAACCAAUUUUUACUACUGCAUGCUGUCUUGUAUUUUGCUAUUCUCACUUCUUAAAGGAACAGAGUAAAACAAACUUCUUAUCAGUCCUUGUUG